GCAAGCAUAUAUUUUGACACACAUGUACCUGCUUCUUAUGAUUCAGAUCAAGAGUCUAGGAGCUACAGCAGGAGUCGUCUUAAACCCUGCUACCCCUCUAACUGCCAUAGAAUGUGUUCUUGAUGUGGUUGACCUGGUGUUGAUUAUGUCAGUCAACCCUGGAUUUGGUGGACAGAUCUUUAUUGAGAGCCAAGUAAAGAAAAUCUCUGACUUGAGAAGGAUGUGUGCCGAGAAGGGUGUGAACCCAUGGAUUGAAGUUGAUGGUGGAGUUGGUCCAGCAAAUGCAUAUAAGGUUAUUGAAGCCGGAGCCAAUGCUUUGGUUGCUGGUUCUGCUGUCUUUGGAGCUAAAAAUUAUGCUGAAGCUAUAAAAGGGAUAAAGACCAGCAGAAGGCCUGUUGCUGUUCCAGUAUAAAGUUUGGACAGCUCAAUAAGAGUUGACUCUUGUCAUUAUAUAAUGCUGCAUUCUUCACUUCCAUGUAAGUAUCCUUGUUAAUAUAUUCCAUAAUUUCAAUGAAUUUGUGAGGUGUACCUUCAGUUUU